AAAUCUUUAAAAACAUUCUGUGUAAUAUCAGCAAAUACAGACCCCAUUUAUGAACCCACAAAAAGAUAUAACAAGAAAUUUCCUUAAUUAAAAUUACUCUUCUUCUUCUACACUUCUCUCCUUCCUCGCUUUCAUAUGCUACUAUAUGCUAAAAACAUAGAGAGACCAAUUUGCCCCUUUUCGUUACCUUUUAUUGCAGCUUUUGCCUUCAACAAUUCUUUUCUUCAGUGAAACUGAAACCCAUUUGGGUUUUUGACAAGCAAUUCGAAUCUGGAGUUCAACAUUACCAUGUGGCUUUAGGUUUGGCUUGAGUUUUUCUUUUUAAGGCACUUUCUUUUGAUUCUUUUCUUUUAAUGAUAGUAACAUUUUAUGAGCUGGGUUUUAUGUAGAAUUCAGUUUGCUUUCUGGGUUCACAUUUUUUUUCUUAAAGAUUUUUCUUUGAUAUGUUUUGGUAAAUAAAAAUACUCAUGUAGUUAAUUCAAUUUUUUUCUCUUAUUUUUACCGUUAUGGAAAUACAAAAUUAGUUACAUUUUGUGUAUUUAGUUAAACUGCUAGUUGAAGAGGUGAAAUUCUUUGUAUAUUUAGAGAGUUGAAUUUCAUUAGUGGGGUUUGAAUUUUGAGUGCAUUGGUUGGGUUUCGGAUUGUUGGAGAUUCUAUUGAUAUUUGUUGUUGUUGUUGUGCUGGAAUUGGAAGUUGUUAUUAUUGUGUUAGUCAUAGAGUGAUUCUGGAAAUAUGUCUGGUGGUUCACCUGGUGGAUAUAUGAGACAGAGACAUAGCCAAGGCUAUGCCUCGGGUAGCGAUGAUCUUGAGGAUGAUGCUUGUUCCAGGCCACAGCAGCCUUUUUCGCCCUCCAGCCCUCGAAUGAGGUCUUGGGUCGAAAAUAUGGAGAAUGUUCUUUGGAUUGCUUCUGCAAUUUUCAUUGUUUACUUUGGUGAUCGACACUCCAAUAUGGUUUACCUGUUGUGGCAUGAUGGUCGAAUAAGAAGAUUGCCCUUGUACAUUGGGAUGAUUGGUGUUUUUUUGAAUCUAGUCAUAUUCUUGUAUACAAGUAUGUUUGCGUGGAGUGUUAGGAGGUUUGAUGAAAAAUGGGAGCUAUCAAGUAUAGCAGCCUUGCCAUUGGUUACCCUUUUGGGAAUUGUCUCUUUUUUCUUGUUCUCAUUUGCUUUAUGGCCAAUCUGGAGUUUCUUGACCAUUCCUCUUCUGUUCACCCUAUUUAUGGCUUGCAUGGUCAUCUUUCCUCAUAUCAUGAUUGCGACAUUUAAGCAGCCAAAUGAUACAUUCCGAAUAGAUUGAGAGUUACGGGCUUCUCACUCAAUUAGAUGAGGACAUUCUAACUCGAACAUGAUGCUGAUGGCGUUGGCUAUGAAUUGAAGCACUGUUUCUAUCAUGCAGUACGCAGUACAUCUCCUCCCUAGGUUUGCCGGUCUUUCUGGCACUAACAGCUUUACUUGAUACACCUUGAUUUUAUUCUCUACGACUUGUAUCGAUGUUAUAUCGAGAAUUAGCCACAGAAUUGCAUCGUGAAAUGUCGGUGAGGUAUCGGUGGUCACUCAAAGACAUCGAAUCAAAGCUUUUAGGAAAAAUCUCCCGUAUUGCGCCUAAAUUUGUUAUCCACCAAUCUCAUCCCUUGUCUAGGAAUAGGUUCAUCCUUGGUCAUGGUUUUGGUUUAGUGAAGGUGUGGUUUCAUUAUGGUAGCAAAAUUGAUUGUUCAUGCAUUAUAAUUGAAAUCACUUCCAGUUUCA